AACUUCUUGACAAACUGACAGUGGGGCUCGUGCCCGAGACUCGACGACGUCAUACAUUCGUUUGUAGCUAGUUGGCUACCUCAGCAAACACUUUUGCAUCAUACUUGAAAAGCAAUCCGUCUUCCUGUUUUUCAAUAGGAAUUAUUGUCUCAAAAUCGGGUAGUCAUUUUACGGUGAUCACCAUUUGAAGUGAAAUAAUUCAGAUAAAGUAGUUGUCCUGUGAUCAUCCCUGGUCUUGCUAGCAGCAACCCCUCACAAAAUGUCCUCGAUGGAGAGGAAACAUCAGAAGAACACUCUUUUCUUUCUGAACCCCGACACCCGGAGGAAGACCAGUGCUGAGAUAGUCACAGAAGCAAGGCGCUCGCUGAGAACCCUGCACACCCAGCGACCUUUCACCCCUAGAGACAACCACAGAUAUCUUUUUGGGGAGACCUCCUCUCGAACCCAUGAUGGUCGACCUCCCUCAACGUUCAGCCUCUAUGCUCGGAACUUUGAAACCCCAGACUCCAGACCGGGUUCUGGGACCCGCCUUUCCCCUCUGGAACAUAAGCCCCUGUUGGCAGUAGCUCAGGAUGUGGACCCAGACCCUGUCAGCCCCAAGCCUCUCCCCAAACCCCCUUCUGAUCCCCUAGAGCCAAAGACAGGGGUGGCCGGGGCCAGGGCUCGCCUUCUUAGAGUGGGCUCUUUGACAACACUCCCACCUGUGGCACGGCCAGAGGUGAUGGAAUGUGUGAGUUCAGACUCCAGCCUGGAACAGAGAAAGCUGUCGGUCAAGGAGAGAGGCAGGACAGUGCCCUACACUGAGCCAACCAAAGACAAGAAGAGGUACAAGGAUCGAGGAGGCCACUCAAAACAUGCCCCAUGCAAGAUCAACAGUGAAAGCGGACCUGGGCGUCCUGAUGUGGUUGAUUCAUUCAUCAAACCAGACGAAGGAACAGGACCACUGGCCAGAACAGAGUUAGGAACAGGGUUUCAUUUAGGCAACGGAGGCAGGCCGACCAGCCAGGAGGAUGAGUCCACGGUGUGGAAUGUUAAGAUUGUCCCUCUGUUGAAAGAUUUGGAGUCUGUCGCUGCAGGUGAAUCAGUUAACGUUGUGGACCUUCUGUGUGACGCGUGUGACCGCCUCCAUGGCGCCCUGGCAGAGCAAGGCAUGCUGGGCCGUCGUUGCAGUAGGAGAAGUGUGCUUCUCAGGACACUGUUCCGGCUCAUCGACCUCGACUCAGCCCAGCUGAACCUGCACCUGGCCAAACUCACCCUGGCUCUGAGCGUCAGUGGAAACAACUUACUGAACAUCUGCAAACUCAUCUUUAAGAUCAGCCGCAGCGAGAGCAACGAUAUCCUCUUCCAGAACAACUCUAUAAUAGAUUCCCUGUUGAACGUGCUUCGCUUGGAGGAUGUGUUUUUGUCUGGCGAGGCUGUGUUGUACUGUGUGGGCACUCUCAAGUUCCUAUCGGGGAACAUUGCCCUCCUCAGGCUGCUAUUGGCCAAGGACUUUGUGGCUGUAGCCACUGUACUCCUGCAGAAGCUACACCCUUUGGCACAACCUGAUCAGUCCCAGUUCACCAUUGCAGGACACAUUCUUAUGCAGUUGACGGCGACCCUGAGGAACCUGGCCGACCUCUCAGAGUCCCGCCCCCUCUUCGUCUCCCACGGCACCCUGACAGAACUGUGCCAGGUGCUGCGCUGUUACCAAGGCGACCAGGACGUCUGCACCAACGUCGCCAGGGUGUUCAGUAAACUGUCAUCCUAUACUGACUGUUGCCUGGCUUUGGCCCAGAUCCCCGGCUGCUGCUCACUAUUUAUAGAAAUGUUAAGCAAACACCAGCGGAAACAGGACCUGGUAUUGCGUCUCCUCUUCACUCUGGGUAACCUAACGUCUCAGAGCGAUGAGACCCGAGAGCUCCUCUUCGCAGCCAGAGGCUGUAUGUCCAUCCUUCUGGGGCUGUACCGGUUGUACGGCAGGAGGCGGGAGCCGCGGGAGCCGCGGGAGCCGCCUGCCCCACACACACCUCCAGUUAGGGAGCCCAGUGACCCCAGUGACCCUGACCCCCUUCCUAUGGGCUUGCAGGAGACCGAGGAUGUGCUGGUGAAGCUGGUCAGGGUGGUGGCAAACAUGUCCAUCCACCCAACAGUGGGACCUGCCUUGGCAGCUAACACCCAGCUCGUAGACUACCUGCUGGACACACUGGAGUUCAGGUCCAUUCAGGAGAGUGAGGAGCUGCUGGUGAAUGUAGCUGCCACCAUCAACAACCUGUCCUUUUACCAGGAAGAUGGCUCAGUGGUCAGGGAGAGGGGGCUCACUGUUGCCAAGCUUGUGUUAAAGCUUCUCCUCAGCUCCAGUACUGAUGCAAUUCUGGAGGCCACGCGUGUGUUUGGAAACCUGUCCCAGUCCAGCGAGGUCCGUCAAUUCAUCCUAUGCAACAAAGUUCACCGGUUUGUGGUGACUCUGCUGGACUCUAAGAGCCCAGAGGUUUGUUUCUCAGCCUGCGGGGUUCUCACUAACCUGGCCCUGGACCCCUCCAGCAGAACCACCCUGACCCAGGAAGGGACACACACCAAGCUAGCAGACUGUCUGAGGGACUUUGGGCCAGUAGACUGGCAGCUAGCAGGAUUGGUGUGUCGGACCCUGUGGAACAUCACUGAAGACAGCGGUACCAAGACCAAGACAGAACCCCCAUGCAUGCUGGACCACCAGGAGAAAGAGGCACUGCAAGAGGUCUUAACACUGUAUCUAGACAAGGAAGAGGCUCUGCAAUGGACUGCUGGUGAUGCUAUGAGUGACUUCCACCGGGCAUGCUGGGAGAUGGAGUUUCUGCCUGUGGCUCAGCGGCUGAGGAGUAGGAUCAAAUCGCAGGUUGACUGACUCUGUCAAACCGCAGGCUUGCAGGGGUGCCCAACCCUGUUCCAGUGUAGCUUAUGUCCUGUAGGUUUUCUCUCCAACCCUAAUCUAGCACACCUGAUUCUAAUAAUUAUCUGAGUGAAAAAAUGAAUCAGGUUAGUUACAACCGAGGUUGGAUGUUAAACAGAAUGGUAGACAUCUCGGAACAGGGCUGCUUGGCUGAAAUGUCAGUCAUCCACCUAUGUACUCUGGAAUCCCAAAUGGCACCCUACUGCCUAUAUAGUGCACUACUUGGUUGCACUCUGUCUCUCCCUUAUAGUGUCCUGUAACACUGACAACGCUUUUUACUCUAGGAGACCAUAGAGAAUGAGAGGCCUCUAUGGCAGUCAACCGGGUAGGACUAAACUACGGGUUAAGGAUUACGUAAUCCCAUGCAGGUCAUCAACAAGAUCAGAAAAUAAAUGAUACUAGUGAACAAACAAUUGCACACGGCUAAAAAUGUCCUCUCCUGGAUGCAUACCUUUUAAAACAACAUGCACCAGGUGUGUGUAUCUUUCACUUUGUUUACCAACUCAUAGAAGAACAUUUACUAAUGGAGCCCACACUAUCAAUGAUGUGGUAAUGGGGUUGGUAGAAUCAUUCUAUGUCAUGCACAGUUUAAGGAGGCCUGCAAGAAAUACUCUGUUUCAUCCUGUGCUAGGGACUCCUUGUGUUGGAUUAGGCACCUGAAAGUUGAGGUCAAUGGUUAAAGGAAAUGUUUUCUGACUUUCUUGCUAAACAAGAAUUGUUUAAAAGCAGCUUGGCUUGUCGGGGCAUGUCUUGGAGGAAGCAUUUCCCAAUCUUAGAUUCUCACGAGCCGUUGGGAUCUAAAAUAUCCUUGCACUUUAAAUAACAGAAAAUGUUAUUUCAUUUAGGUUGUACUAUAUGUUUACUACUGUGAAUGUCUGACAGUAUAGUUCUGCAUUUUGUCAAUUAAGCCGUUUAUCUUUAUUCCCAAAAGUCAGAUGUGAACUUGUUGAUAUCAUUUUAUGCAUCGGAGUCCAAUAGCAGGAGAUUAUAGGUAUAAAAUGCAAACUAUCUUACCACAAAAAACUGAUAGGUCAAUGGGAACAUUCUGUUCCUAUAUAUUUCUAGUCUUUGAGAAACACUAGACAGCAAAUUCCUUUGAACUACAAACAAAAUUGUAUCCACAUGUUAGUCUGACUUUAGGGAACUACGGUAUAUAGGUAUAUUUGGGCAUCAUUGACAACAUCCCUUGAAUUAUAUUUGUUUAACAAUAAAUUACUGUUAAUCUGA